UCAAUGUUCGUAUUCUAUGAAGAAAUAAAAUAGUUUAUCAUCUGAAGAGUGUAACGGUUAUAAUCGUUAUUGUCUUUAAGCAGACAGAUUAGUUUAAUAACUGAUUUCUUGACAUUAAUAGUCCAUAAACACGCUCUUUCUAAAUUAAUUUUAUAUGAUUUUCCCGUAACUCGUCAAUAAUAUUGCUGAAGAUGUGAUCAAAUACAAUUUGUCAAAGGAAGAGACACCAAACGUUAAAGGGAAACAUCAAUCGAUUAUAUCUCGGAGUUUUUGUCUCAUUACAUGGAUAGAGAAAUUUGCUUGUCUCAUUUACACAAUUUCCAUGGAAGAUAUAGGUGAGUACGUGAUAAAAUUUAGGUAAGAUUCAUAAAUCUUUACACAUAGUAAAAUCUUAAACACUUUGUGUAUUAAACAAAAAGGCGGAACUUAAAUGUGAAUACUGUUUUUUUUAAAUUGUGAUAUUAUGCGAUUAAAACUGAAAUGAAAUGUUCUUACAAUGGGAUGUACAGUUAGUACGAUAGAAAAUUCUCACUAUCCAAAUACAGACAGGAAUAAUGACACUGCAACUCAUAUUCCUCAAAUGUCGGAUGAACAGACAAAUGUAAUACAAGACAACUGGCAAACAUUGAAGCUUCAUAUAGCUAAUAUUGGAGUUAAAACUUAUUCUAGUAUGUUUGAGAGUAGACCGGAGUUGAUAAAGACAUUUUCAAAAUUUAAAGGAAAGGAUCUAUAUACGUUGCAGGAAUCAGGUUUGUUACAACAACAUGCACUACGAGUGAUGGCAACCAUUGAUAAAUGUAUCACAUAUAUUAACCAGCCAUCAAGCAUGAUACAAAUACUUCGGGAAGUCGGGCAUCUUCACACAGUAUACAAUGUAAAACCAGAUGAUAUCCAGAUAAUACUACCACAUUUUCUGAGUGCAAUGAAACCUUAUAUUGAGGGAAAAUGGUCUGAUGACUUGCAGGAUACAUGGAUAAAAUUUCUUACCAUCGUGUUUUAUCAUAUGAGGGAAGGUAUGCAGGAAGAACUUAGCCCAGAAGAGGUUAAACAACAGAAGGACCACCAACAACAUACAGCGGAAGAAAAAUUAGACUAACUUCUUGAAGUGGAUUAAAACAAUAUUCUAGUGGAUGUGCAUAUAAUUGAUAAACAUCAUGAACUAUUUGUACACGCUAA